UCUAAUAAUCCGGCCUGUUAUCGCUUCAAAAGCACUUUUGUUAAAUAUCGCAGAUUGCCGUCUACGUCCUGGGACCUGACAAGUUAUGUUUAGCUCCAAGGUCGGCCUUACACUGGGACUAUAUGGCCGUAAUGCUAAUGUUGCGGUGCAGUAAAUGCCCGGGUUUCUAUAGCGCUGGUUUGUGUGGUAUGGUCCAGUUGGGACUGAGAACCUGCGGGGUUAAAAUAGGGGGGAAUUGAAUUUAUUAUUGAUUAUACCAACUAGAUUUCUGAAUGAAUUUACAGAGUCGUGACUUUUCACGGUGGCUUUUGUGCCGACAUGCGGUUGUAUUUAGACACCGUUUUCCGGGCGGCCUCGUCAGCAAACGUUAACCGCAUUUUCCCUCGUACCCCCGCUGAGAGUCCUGUGUGACCGCUCUGCACACCGAGUGACAUGCUGCUUUAUUUUGGCGUGCAUGUCGUGUCAGCCGAGCAAAACCGUAUCUGGAGACCCAAAAAUCUGUUUUGCAGAUUGCACGUGGGGUUGAACUCAGUGCCACUUUGCUCAGAGAUGGCUGCUGCAGUGCCUUGUUGUUGCAGCCAACCAGCUUUCUUGUGUCCAGUGUGAUAAAGCUGUUACAGUAGAGAUUCCAUCACCCGUUCAGGAGAUUGCUCCAGCCCAUACACACAUAGAAAUACACCUUUGUUUAAGAUCUCAUAAUGUUGUGCCAUGAUUGUUAAAAUGAUGCAUAACCAUGCAGUCACAAAUUCACAUUAAAACCCAACCCCAUCAUUCAGUUUUGCCUUGCAUUAGCUACUAACACCAUGAUGCAUUAUUAUAAUUAAAAUCACCCUCAAUGCUAUUGUCUGUGUGCAUUACAGGCUGUCUCAAGAGUGAAGAGAUAGGUGACGUUGCUGGCAACAGGCUUGGCACUGUGCUGCCAUGGAGACCAAGCAGGAACCCUCAGCUGUGUGGAGUCAGACUUCUAAUAAUGAUUCAAGCAAUGGCGCACAGGUGCAUUUUGAAGGUGGCACGGUAGCCCAGAUUGUCUACAGUGGUGAUCAGGAGGACCGGGGACAGCAGCAGGUGGUUUAUACAGCAGAUGGGAACUCCUAUACCUCUGUAGAGUCUGCAGAGCACACACUGGUUUACAUACACCCUGCAGAUGGCACUCAGACUGUAUUUGCUGAUCAGCCACAAGUGGCUUAUAUUCAGCAGGAUGGUACAACGCAGCAGGUCACAGUUUUACUGCCCAGUGGACAGAACAUGAAUGCUGCCAAUCUGCAUGUUCUCAGUAAUGUAGCAGAGGCUCCCCAAGCCAUCCUGGAGCCAGUUUCCCAGGAGCAGCUGUCUGCGUCCAAUUCGCUCCCUUCAGUGGCUGACAUGGUGGACCCCCCCAGCAGUCCCCUUGGGGCCACCGACUCCACAGAUGAUUCUGAUGAAGACGAGGAUGAAGACUCUGAGAUGGAUGACUGGGAACCUCGUCAGCCUCAGUCAUUCAACCCUCACAAUCUGUGGUGUGAGGAGUGCAAUAAUGCCAACUCCUCUGUGUGUCUAAAGCAUGGCUCCCUGCACCCCAUCCCCAACCGGCCUGUGAUGUCCAAGGCCAGAGCCAGUCUGCCUCUGGUCCUCUACAUCGAUCGCUUCCUGGGUGGGGUGUUCUCCAAGAGACGCAUCCCAAAGCGUACACAGUUUGGUCCUGUGGAGGGACCCCUGGUUCCUCAGAGUGAACUGCAUGACCACUACAUUCAUCUGAAACUGUGCAUGCUUGAUGCAGAGAAAGAUGGAGAGAAGUCUGACGACAUGUGGUUGGACCUGUCUGAUGAGGACAGCUGUAACUGGAUGAUGUUUGUGAGACCUGCUCAGAACCACCUGGAGCAGAACCUGGUGGCCUAUCAGUAUGGCUCAGAGAUAUUUUACACAACCAUCAAGAACAUCCAACCCAAACAAGAGCUCAAGGUGUGGUAUGCAGCAUCAUAUGCAGAUUUUGUCAAUCAGAAGAUCCACAAUGUUACAGAAGAAGAGAGAAAAGUGCUCCGGGAGCAAGAGAAGAACUGGCCUUGUUACGAAUGUAACCGGCGCUUUGUGAGCUCCGAACAACUGCAGCAACAUCUUAACAUGCAUGACGACAAGUUAAACUCUGUGACAAGAUCCAGAGGUCGGGGCCGAGGAAGAGGCAGGAGGAGAUUUGGGACAGGAAGGAGACCAGGACGCCCACCUAAAUUUAUACGUUUGGAUCCACCAGGAGACACCAGUGGGGACAAGACAACAGUAAAGGACACAUUAGAAAUGCUGGAAUUGACAGAGAAGCCACUGGAGGAGCGAGUGGAUGGAGUACAGAAUGGGCUGAAGGUGGUGGAGAUGGAGUCAGAGACAGAGGCUGGGACUGAGACAGAGGGCCAGCUUAUACCACCUGCAGGGGAACCAGUUCCAGAGUCUGUCACCCCGCCCUCCACCACAGAUCUGCAAGUUCCACUAAAGGAGGACCCGGCACAGAGCAGCCAAUCAGACGCCCACCUCACAUCUCAGGACAUGCGGCGUGCCAAGAGGAUACGGAUGGAUGUGCAGAAUGCAGCGCUGCAGCACCUUUUCAUCAGGAAGAGUUUCCGUCCUUUUAAAUGCACCCAUUGUGGCAAGGCCUUUCGGGAUAAAGACAAGCUGGAUCAACACCUGCGGGUGCAUGGCCGGGACGCCUAUGCCUUUUCUUGCCACAUUUGCAGCAAGAGCUUUAUGAGUGACUCGGCCCUUGAGGACCAUCUGCUAGUGCACACGGAGAACCGCUCCUACUCUUGUCUCUUAUGCCAAGAAACCUUUGAAAGGCUGGACCUGCUCAAAGACCACGUGGCAGUGCAUGCUGUGGACGGCUGCUUCACCUGUCCUUCCUGCAAGAAGACAUUUACUGAUUUUAUCCAAGUGAAGAAGCAUAUCCGCUGCUUCCAUUCAGAAAAGAUCUUCCAGUGUCCAGACUGUGAAAAGGCUUUCUGCCGGCCAGACAAGCUGCGUUUGCACAUGUUACGCCACUCUGACCGCAAGGACUUCCUGUGCUCAACAUGUGGCAAACAAUUCAAGAGGAAAGAUAAGCUGCGGGAGCACAUGCAGCGAAUGCACAAUCCUGACAGAGAGGCCAAGAAGGCUGAUAGAAUCCACCGCUCCAAAACCCUUAAACUGAAGGUGCCCACCACCGACUUCGAGAGCUUCAUGUUCAAAUGCAGAGUAUGCAUGAUGGGAUUCAGGCGCAGAGGAAUGCUGGUCAAUCAUCUGUCCAAGCGUCAUCCAGAGAUGCGUAUUGAUGAUGUGCCUGAGCUAACGCUGCCUAUUAUCAAGCCCAACAGGGACUAUUUCUGCCAGUAUUGUGACAAGGUUUAUAAGAGUGCCAGUAAGAGGAAAGCACACAUACUGAAGAACCACCCUGGGGCAGAAUUGCCUCCCAGCAUCCGGAAGUUGCGUCCGGCUGCUCCUGGUGAGCCAGACCCCAUGUUGAGCACACACACACAACUGACAGGCACCAUCGCCACUGCACCGGUCUGUUGCCCACACUGUGCCAAACAAUACAGCAGCAAGACUAAGAUGGUUCAGCACAUCAGGAAGAAACAUCCAGAGUUUGCCCAGCUUGCCAACACCAUCCAGACUCCUCUGACUACAGCUGUUAUCAGUAGCACUCCUGCAGUCAUCAGUGCAGAUGGUACCACAGCUGAGGCUGUAGUGACCACAGAUUUGCUGACCCAGGCCAUGACAGAGCUUUCUCAGACACUAACCACGGACUAUCGCACGGCGCAGGGAGACUACCAGAGGAUCCAGUACAUCCCAGUGUCUCAGGCAGGAGGCAGCCUGUCUCAGCCGCAACACAUUCAGCUGCAAGUGGUGCAGGUGGCUCCGGCUUCCUCCCCACAUUCCCAGCACCCCACAGUAGAUGUUAGCCAGCUGCAUGACCCUCAUGGCUACAGCCAGCACUCCAUCCAGGUACAACACAUCCAGGUCAAUGAGCCCUCAGGCACUGGACAAGGUGCCACCCAGGUCACCGGUCAGCCUCUAAGCCCCACCUCCCAGCAGCCCAAUCAGGAGCUGAGCCCCACACAGCUGACACCUGUGACCUUAGCUCAGAGUCACACCCUGCAGACCAGCAGCACCCAGCAGCAGCAGCAGCAGCAGCAGCAGCAAGGGACUGUGCAGCACGCUUACAUACCUGGGAACUGGAACUACAGAGGCUACUCGUCUGAGAUCCAGAUGAUGGCUCUACCUCACGCACAAUAUGUGAUAGCUGAGGCCAGCACGCCUGUAUCUGGAGUGAACAGCAACCAGGUGAAAACGACACACUACGUUAUCUCCGAGGGUCAGACUGAGCUGGAGACCAAACAGGGUGUUCAACAGAGCACAACCCAGGCCCACACUGAACAUCUGGAGCAGCAAUCGACCAAUCAGCAAGCCACCACGCAGUACAUUAUCACCACAACCACCAAUGGCAGCGGUACUAGUGAAGUUCACAUCACAAAACCCUAAACUGUUAAGUGAUGAGCUCUGCAAAUGAAGUGCAGACCCAAGGACUGAACCUGCAUGUAUACCUCAGCAGCUUGUAUGCACAUUGAUGAACAAACACACAAUCAUAUGCACAUGGAUACAGACUUGUGUACAUACAGAGCUGAAAUGGGAAUGAAUUGGUGACCAGCACAGAUUUAUGUGUCUAUAAAGUGUUAAGUUGCAAGCUGCCAGGGAUUUGUGAGAAAAUAAAGUUAGUAGAGAAAAAAAAUGUUAUGAUUUUGAACAGAAUAUAUAAACAACAACAACAACUGACACCUUGUUUAAAUACACAGCACUGGAAAACAUUGUCAUUGCAACUGCUGAAAACAGGAACAUUAUAUAAUUGUAUCAAAAACAGGGUUCCUGUACACAUUUGAAAGUAUGGACAAUGAAAGCGAUCAUUUUGUGGUCUUGCUGUGUGAGCUACUGGUCUGAAGUGGUGAAAAAGUUUUAUUGCUCAGUCCUUACACAGAUUUGAGUGCCCAUUUUACAUAUUUGUAAAGUUAAAGACAUUUCUUAAAAUAUAGUAUUUGUAAAUGAAAUCUUGGAAGGAAAGACAGAACUGAAAAAUGUGUGGAAAAAAAAAUACUGUACAAAACAGUCCUGCAGUUGGCCUUCCAAUACAGGUCAUUGUAUUUUUUGCCCAACACACCAUCUGUUGUAUUGUAUGUUACCAUAUUGUUGCUGAUAUCUGAUGUGAUUUGUCUCCAUGAAUUUGCUUCUGAGAAUGUCUCAGACAUCUGUUUUUAUUCACGUGCUGGAUUGUCCUGAUUUCACCUGAAUUUUUGUCAUCAUCCCAACUACAACUCCUGUGUUUUUUUAGUAAAAUUCAGAAAAGCAAACAUAAUCAGUUUCACUUUUCCACAAAGAUCACACAGUUCUAAUGGAUACAGUCGACCUAAAACUUGGGGGUAAUUUUAUUUUUGACAUAUGUAAAAGGUAAUCGAUACAAAUGGCACUUGUGUCGUUGGAUGGAGUCAGAAAUGUGCUUUGGUACACCCAUAACUACACCAAACAGUGAUAUCACUGGGUUAUAGAGUACACCUGUAGAUCACUGCAGCAGGACGAGAGUUUAAACUACUGGAGGUUAGAAAGAACAAGAUUUUUGAGGAAUGUUGAGUUACUUUUUGAAAAGGAGAACAUGCAGUUUUAGUUUGUAUUUUUUUUAUUAUUAUUUUUUUUUCUUUUCUCUGACACUAGUCAGUGUGAGAAAGUUAAAUUUCCCUGAAUCAUUUGCAUCCUUUUUAAUAGAAGCUUGAAGCCAAAUACAAAAUGUGUUUCCCUCAGUAACACACUUUGAAGACAAAUGAGACAAAGACAGCAUCACAGGUUUGCAACUGAACAGUUUAGGAGGUCAACAUGAUACAGUGUUAGAGAGCAUUGAGGGAACAUGCUGCUAGUAUUGAAUUUGGGGUUGGUACUUAAAGGGUAGCAGAGUAUCUUGUAGUAAAAACCAAAAAGGGGUAUCAUCACUCAGCACAUCUUAUAUUUCCUUCACAGUAAAGUGAGAAAGGAGGAUGUAACUCAGAGGGAAUAGCUCAAUCACGUUCACCUGUCCUGCUGAAUUGUUCAUGAGCAAGCCAUGUCUGUUGCUGGAGCUUAUGUUUUUCAUGUCAAAGUACUCUUUGUCAUGUACUUGUACUACAAGUUCGCCAUGAUGACAACAAAAAGGCUAAUACACUGAGUUAAGGCAAUUGUAAAAUGUUGUUAUGUGUCCGUUAUUUAUAUUGGUCUAUAUAAUAGACAUGUACAAUGUUCAGUAUUGCAGGAAUAUUACAAGAGUUUGAUCAUGUAAAGAAAUGAUUUUGUCCUUUUGUCCAUGUGUUGAGAAAUUAAAUUAUUUUAUAUCUGCA